AUGUAUGGGUCACCAUUUGCAAACAACUUGCACCAGAAAGCACCUUCACAGUUUAAGGAAAAUGCCAGAAAUGCCAUUUAUAGUCAAUUACCAUCUACAAUAAACAACAAUAUCACUAAUAGUAUCAAUGAUGUAUUACUAUCAACACCAGCGUCACAGCUUCAACAGUAUCAAAAACAAAUAAAGCCGUCUUCAUCGGCAUCCGUUAGGUCGGCUCCUUCGCAAUAUAUCAAAAACACAUAUAAACUGCCACUGCAUAGGUCUACCUCUUCUUCAUCUUCGAUUUUUUCCUCGAUAACAAAUAGCGGGAAAAGAUCGGUACGUUCUGCACCUUCGAUUUAUUCCUGUUCAACUGCAACUAUACCUGAAGAUCUGGAACCUGUCACUACAACAGUUGAACAACUAAUUAAUGAUAUUGCAUUGCAUGAACAACACUUUUACCAAGAAUACCAAGCAAAACAAAACUCCAACACAAAUCCUAACCUUAAUCCAUAUAUUACAAGUGCAUCAUCUGAUCCAGAAGAGUCAUACAAAAUAUCGCUAGGAUCGAACCUCACUUAUGUAAACAAUGACGAAAACAGUUUUUUAAUAGACUGGAAUUUAAACGUUACAAGGUGUAAAUUAAUUUUGAUCAGUCUACCGAUGAUCUCAUCAUCCCUAGAUCAACCUUACAGCCAGCAUUUUCAGCCACUAUUAAUUGGUGACUUGGCACAAUCGUGCCAUCCACUAAUGAUACAACCACAUAUCACAGAUAAGGAACUCAUCUUUACCUUAGUUCAAUCUGACAUAUAUCAAGAGCAUGAUCUAGAUUUAGCAUUUAAAAAGCUGGUUGCUGAAAUAUCAGUAAAACAAAGCAGGCUACUACAAAUCAAUUCUGUACGACUGAAGAACAAUCCUCAAAUGAUAAAUACCAACAUCAACGAGAAUCAUGAUUUUUUGAAAUUUAAGUUUAAAGAAAUUGCUGUUAGAAAUUAUUUGAUCAAUUUGGCCGCUGCUGCAACAACUGCUCAUGAAUACAAAUUGAAAAUGGAUGAGAUUAAGAAAUCAUUGAAGGUGAAAAAUUUACAGUCAAAUGGAGUAAAGAGGAGUACAAAAUUGAGUAAAGAGGAGAAGAAACAAUUAUGGGAACAGGUUAGACUGGAUGUGUUUAAAAGAGCAGGAUUAGAAGAGUAG